AUGUGUAUGCAUCGUUGUAGAGAUGAUGAUGAUGAUGAUGAUGACAAUGACGAUGAUGAUGUUGGAAAUCAGCCGAAUGAGAGUUUAAAGAAAGAAGAAAUAAAAAACUAUGAUUUUAGCGCUGGCUAUGCAUGUUUAUUAAAACGCGAAGAAGGCGGAGGUUCAAUAAUAAUUCAGGCAAUGGCACAGCCACAGCAACUUCAACAGCAAAACAUUCAACAACAAUCUAUCGAAGUUCGACCGAUGGAUCACGAUGAAAAGAAGAUGCGACGUCAAAUCGCCAACAGCAAUGAACGCCGUCGAAUGCAAAGCAUUAAUGCUGGAUUCCAAAGUUUGCGUCAACUUUUGCCACAUCAUGAAGGCGAAAAGCUAAGCAAGAAGUCUUCAUUAAGUGCGCUCGCACACGGUGAGUUGAAUGUUUGUGAUGUAAAUGCAACCUUACCACAAUUCUACAGGCUUGGUCGUUGUGAUGGUCAUACAGAUGAAGGCAAAGAAGAAGUAAAAAUGUAA